AUGGAGGAUGAGAAAUUUUUUGCAUGUUGGGAAAGAUUCAGGGAGAUUGUUGCAGCAUGCCCCCAUCAUGGAUUUGACAACUGGAUGCUAGUUUCGUAUUUCUAUGAAGGCAUGGCACCACCAAUGAAACAACUUCUCGAGACUAUGUGUGGAGGAGAUUUCAUGAAUAAAAACCCCGAUGAAGCAUUUCAAUUCCUUGAUUAUGUUGCUGAGGUAUCUAGAAGUUGGGAUGAACCAAUUGUCAAGGAACCAUCUAGAGAUAGAACAAUGAACAGAGCAAGAGCUAGUGGAGUGUAUACCUUACCAGAGGGUUUAGAUGUCCAAGCAAAGUUAGCAACCGUUAUGAGAAGGUUGGAUGAUUUGGAAUCCAAGGGAGUUCAAGAGGUACAAAUAGUCAAUGAUGGGGUAACUCAAAUAUGCUUGAUAUGUAAGUCUACGGAACAUGGUGUGCAAUCUUGUCCUACUCUACCUGCAGUGCAAGAUAUGUUUACGGAGCAAGCCAAUGCCUUAGGGACAUACAAGCAAUAUUCUAGCAACUCUCCAUAUUCCAAUACUUAUAAUCCAGGUUGGAGGAAUCAUCAAAAUCUAUCAUGGAUGGGAGGUAACAAUGGCCAGUUUCAACAGCAAGGAAAUCGAUUUCAGGGUAAUCAGACUAGUGGGCAGCAAGGUUUUCAACCACAAGGUAUGCCAUCUCAGAAUUUUCAACAGCAACAUCAAACCUCAUCAUCUAACUCAAGCCUGGAAGACAUGAUGAGAGAGUUUAUACAGAAGCAAGACAAGCGUAAUGAAGAUCAAAAUAGGAUAAAUGCUCAAACAUCUCAAGAACUAGUAGAUAUUCGAACCACUUUGAGCCAACUUGCUGUAAGUUUAUCUCAAGAGAAAGGAAAAUUCCCAGCUCAACCACAGAAAAAUCCGAGAGGAGUAAAUGAAGUUUCUGAAGUGCAAAAGGAAGAUUGCAAUGCAGUUAUCACACUCAGAAAUGGGAAAGAAUAUGAAGGGCCCAAGUUACCUGUAAGUUAA